GCAGCCUAAUGCUUCGGAAACUGCUUCCGGUUCGUGAGGGCCCUGGCUGCCGGGGGUCUGGUUAUCGGGGCGGUCUCUUAGAAGUGAGGAUUGUUUUAAACGUAUGUUAGAAAUAUGGCCGUAUCUCUCAUUAUUAAAUGGGGUGGGCAAGAAUUUUUAAUAACUACCUUGUCAGAAGAGGACACAGUGUUGGAUCUCAAGCAAUCACUCAAAGGACUUACAGGAGUGCUACCAGAACGCCAAAAACUUCUGGGACUUAAAGUAAAAGGCAAGCCAGCAGAAAAUGACGUGAAGCUUGGAUCAUUAAAAUUGAAACCAAAUACUAAAAUCAUGAUGAUGGGGACUCGUGAGGAAAGUUUGGAAGAUGUCCUCGGGCCACCUCCUGAUAAUGAAGAUGUAGUCAAUGAUUUUGAUAUUGAAGAGGAAGUUGUUGAAGUAGAAAAUCGGGAGGAGAAUCUGCUGAAAAUCUCCCGCAGAGUUAAGGAGUACAAAAUAGAAAUACUGAAUCCUCCAAGAGAAGGGAAGAAAUUGUUGGUCCUUGAUGUUGACUACACAUUGUUUGAUCACAGGUCAUGUGCAGAAACAGGAAUUGAGUUGAUGAGGCCCUACCUUCAUGAGUUUCUGACCUCUGCUUAUGAAGAUUAUGAUAUUGUGAUUUGGUCUGCGACUAAUAUGAAAUGGAUUGAAGCCAAAAUGAAAGAGCUGGGAGUAAGCACCAAUGCAAACUACAAGAUAACCUUCAUGUUGGAUAGUGCUGCCAUGAUAACUGUACACACCCCAAGGCGAGGCUUAAUUGAUGUGAAACCUCUAGGAGUUAUAUGGGGCAAAUUUUCAGAGUUUUACAACAAGAAAAAUACUAUUAUGUUUGAUGACAUUGGUCGAAAUUUUCUGAUGAACCCACAGAAUGGACUAAAGAUAAAACCCUUCAUGAAGGCACAUUUAAACAGAGAUAAAGAUAAAGAGCUUUUAAAACUUACUCAGUAUCUCAAGGAAAUAGCAAAAUUAGAUGACUUUUUGGAGUUGAACCACAAACACUGGGAAAGGUACCUCUCAAAGAAACAAGGACAGUAAUUUUAAUUUUGUGAUGCUGAAACCAAACAGAAGAUAGAGAUCUUUGAUCCUGUAUAAGCUAGAAUAAAGUAGUGCUGGACACUGACUUAAUCCACUUGAGUGACUCUUACACCUGGCCUUUUGGUUUGUACUGGUCUCUUUCGUGAAGAUCAGUGCUGACAAAAUAAAGGAAAAGUAAACUCGGAGAUAACCUUAUCUCUGAGACUAUGUAGAACAAUCUCCUUCUUACUGCUAUUGUAGUAUUGCCAAAAGUUUGAAGAUUGUAUUGUUUUUCAUGGGGUGGGGGAUAGAAAAUAAUUAUUCAGUCUAUCAGUACUGUAAAUCAAUUUCCAAAUUCUGAUCUUGACCAUGGAGCCAGUUUUUUUGUAUUCUCAGUUUGAGAAACAAGUACAUUUCAUGUUAUGGUAUUUAAGUUUAUGAAUUAUAAAUUGUCUGAUUAUGUAAUGGUUUGUUAAGUGUUCCUUUUGUGCAGGAAAGCACUAUCAAGAGGGAAAUAUACCUUCAUGCGCAGAUCUCAAUGACAAGAUCCUUUAUACAAAAUGUUUCAAAUAAGAGAAAGGAUUUAAACCUGAAGAGAACCAGGAUUAACUUCUUAAAAGAUGAACAUUUGUUGUUCUAUUCUAAAUUAAUCUUCUUCAGGAUACAAGUGCUGUCAGUGACAACAUUCAGCAACAAUUGUUCUAAAGCAUCACAUAAUUUGUGCUGCUUUAGCCCACACUGUGGAAGUAUGAUAAAUAUUGACCGAUAGUCCCUCACUGUGCUAUUCUUAUGCUCAAAAGCAGGUUGCCUGUUUCAAAUUAAGAUAACAAAAUAGUUCUGAAGAAAGUAGAACAGGCAUGCUAAUAUGAAAAAUGAUAAUAAAUGCAUUUCUUAAAA